AUGACGAUCAAUGCAAGGUAUUUGGCCGCGCUCAGCAAGAACCCGUUGCUCGUAAAGAUGGCGACAUCUGGGGUUUUGUCGUCAUUGAACGAAAUCAGUGCCUCCAUAUUUUCGGGUCAAUUUCAGAACAAAAAGCUACGCCUCUUUGGCAAGGAGAAAACCGUCAGCCACCCCUUUAGCUCCAAGAUCGGUCUGAUGGUGAUUUAUGGGGCCUUGAUGUCUACGCCAGUUGCGCAUUAUUAUUAUGGACUCUUGAGCAAAGUUUUCGGCGGCAAACAAACGUCCAGGGUGAAGUUGCUCCAACUCGUCACGACUCUUUGCACGUUGUCGCCUUUUCUAAGCGGGCUUUACGUGUCGUGGCUCUCCAUCAUCAAUUCAUACCAGUGUUCCUCCGAGGGUCUUCGCACCAACUUAUCCCGGUUGGUAUCCGUGAUCAAAGCUGGCUUGAAAAACAAUUUCUGGCUUGUCUACAGGACGUCCGCCAUUACGAUGCUAAUUGCGUUGGCGCUUGCACAGAACUUCGUGCCGCCCGAGCUCUGGGUUGUGUUCACCAACUUCAUCUUUUUUGUUGUGGGCACUGUGCAGAACACCAAAAUUAAGAUCAGACAGAGAAACGAGCGGCUCAAGAAGUCCGAGUAG